CGUUACGUGUCCAGCGGCCGACGCACACAGCCAACUACGGAGUAGUACAGUAGUUGCAAGCGAGCCAAAAGGGAAUCCCCACUUCCACCGCCGGCCGCCGCUUACCGCCGCCGUGCCGUCGCCCCGUCGCCUUGAUCCGCAACCGGUGCCCCUUCGGUGGUCAUGGGUUGCUCCUCGUCUCUGCCAGAAUUCAGCAUUUUUCUCUCCAUUGGACGGCUGCUGGGAAGCAAGCUAUUCUGUUCUCACACUAAUGCAUACAAAUGGCCUUUUUAUUCAGCUAACAAUGCUGGAGGUUUGAGCAAUAUCAACAAUGAGAACUCUGCAACUGAUUCAAAGAACUUGAAAGUGAAGUUGGUGCUAUUGGGAGAUUCCGGAGUUGGGAAAAGCUGCAUUGUUCUUCGCUUUGUCCGUGGUCAGUUUGACCCCACAUCAAAGGUAACUGUUGGUGCAUCAUUUCUGUCACAAACAUUGGCACUUGAGGACUCCACAACAGUAAAGUUUGAAAUAUGGGACACUGCUGGCCAGGAGAGGUAUGCUGCAUUAGCACCUCUUUACUACAGGGGAGCUGGUGCUGCAGUUGUUGUCUAUGACAUAACAAGUGCAGAGUCAUUUAGUAAAGCUCAAUAUUGGGUGAAGGAACUUCAAAAACAUGGUAGCCAGGAUAUGGUCAUGGCUUUGGUUGGAAAUAAGGCUGAUCUACAUGAAAAACGCACUGUAUCUUCUCAGGAUGCACAGGAGUAUGCAGAAAGGAACAGUAUGUUUUUCGUUGAGACAUCAGCAAAAACAGCAGAUAAUAUAAACCAACUAUUCGAGGAAAUCGCGAAGAGGCUUCCCAGGCCAACACCGCCAUCCUGAUUAACCGUCAUCAGCAUCCGCAUACUAGACAGCACAAUCGACAUGUAAUGUACGAUAUUGGUUUUACAAAGCCUGGAACCUCGUGGCUAUUUUUAACAUGCCAGGUCAAGCCAUUUGUAUCUCUAGUAGCAAUGUUUGGAAAUGUAAAGCCUGUCCAUUGUGGUAACGAGGCUGAAUGGUGGAGAUAAUGCAGAUCAGCUCUAACACACCCUGUCUGAAAAGAUGGUCUGGACUGGACUACUGAACUUCUCCAUGAUUUUGCUCUGUUUUUGUUUCAGUUUGACUCUGCUGUUGAGCCGAGUUGGGCUGGUAUGAGAAGGCUUCAAGUUUCAGAGGUGUCCAUGUCGCCGAUGAUGAGUAGUUCGACUUAGUAGUAGCAGCAAUAAUAAAUCAUGCUGACCAUGGGUCAUGAUCCUUC